AUGCUGCACGCGACGCGGUCGGUGCUUCUGGUGGCGGUCCUUUCGGCCGUCAUCGCGACCACCCACGCGUUCCUCGGAUUCGGCGGAUCGGCACGCAAAGACGACGCCAAAUGGGCUCACUAUCACAACCAGCAACAAUUGGAGGCCAAGCUGACCGAAAUCAACGAGAAAUGCCCCGAGGUAAGGUUGCGUGACGCGAUGUUUUUCUCUCUUUUUUGUCAGUUCCGUGUUGCCCUCACUCCGUCUCGGAGCCUUUCUAUUUCUGUUCGUUGCCAAAGCACCUGUCAUCAUUCGUUAUUGAGAGUGCAGAAAUUUCGAUAAAAAACAUGUUAAUAGGGAGAAAGAGAGAAUUGGGGAGAGGGGCGCAGAUGGGAGAGAGAGAGAGUCGCUCGGAUGACUCAUCUUUAAUUCCAAUUACUAAUUCUCAACCCAAAGAAUUCCCCCUUUCUCAUUUUGUGCUAGAGAUGACACUUCUGCUCUCCCCUCCUUCGUGUACUUUGGUCGCUUCCCCGAAUGACGAACAUCUCUUUCCUUCUGCUCGAUUCUGUUUCUCUGCUCUCUCAAGUUGGAGUGCUCAUGGAUGUGUAACGAGCGGAUGACGUGGCACUCUAGUCCUUGGCGCGCGCUGAAUAAUGUCAUGCUUUCCGAAAAGAUCGGCACAAUAUAAAUGUUUGUGCUCUGGAGCAAAAUAAUCGUGUGUUUUCAGAUCUCGACUCUCUAUGAAAUCGGUCAAUCGGUCGAGGGCCGUUCUCUCCUUGUAAUCCACUUCUCUACCACUCCAGGAGAGCACAUUCCAACGAAGCCGGAAGUGAAACUCAUCGGAAAUAUGCACGGAAACGAGCCGAUAGGAAGAGAACUUCUUCUCCGUUUCGCUGAGAAUCUCUGUGAUGGAGCCAUCAACAAUGAUAAGGUACAGAAAAUGGAGUACAUUCAUCUUGGUAAAUAUACGUUUUUUCCAGGAAGUCAUCCAACUUCUCAACUCCACUUCCAUUCACAUCCUCCCUUCGAUGAACCCUGACGGAUUCGAACUCGCUCUGACUACCGAGCCGGCCAAGAGACAAUGGUUGACUGGCCGUUCGAAUGUGAACGGAGUCGAUCUGAACAGAGACUUCCCGGACCUCGACAGCAUCUUCUACGAACUCCAGAAGAUUGGAGUUCCGAAGUACGAUCACCUGCUUUCUCUGUUCGAGGACAACGUCGACCGCCAGCCAGAGACCAUCGCCGUCGGCCAGUGGACUCUUUCCCUUCCGUUCGUUCUCUCUGCCAACUUCCAUGAGGGAGACCUGGUCGCCAACUAUCCGUUCGACGCCGCCGUCGAUGAGACUUCCCAGAAGGCUGAUUACUCGGCUUCCCCGGAUGACGGAACUUUCCGUUGGCUCGCCAAGUCUUACGCCGACAACCACGCCCACAUGUCGAAGAACGACCAUGCUCCGUGCGACGGAAGCAGCCAGGACGCGUUCGCCCGUCAGGGAGGAAUCACCAACGGAGCCAAGUGGUACUCGGUCGCCGGAGGAAUGCAGGACUUCAACUACUUGGCCACAAAUGCCAUGGAGAUUACUUUGGAGCUCAGCUGUGAAAAGGUGACAUUUCAUGGAUAGGCGGGGAUUAGAAAGUGACAUUUGCAGAUGCCCGAGGGAUCUCUUUUGCCGCAAUUCUGGGAGGACAACAAGAAGUCAAUCUUCGAGUACGUCUGGAAGGCGCACAGUGGAGUCAAAGGAUCAGUCGUCGACGCCAUCACUGGUGAGCCGAUCAAACGCGCUGUCAUCUGGAUCCGCAAUGGAACCGAGUCUGUCCCAAUCAAGCACCCGGUCACCACUUGGUCCGAAGGAGACUACUUCCGUGUUCUGCCCGCCGGAAAGUACGAAAUCAUCGUCGCCGCCGAAGGAUACGACAUUGCCGCCAAGAACGUGACCAUCGAGAACAAGGUCCGAGACAGCGCUCUCGUCGUCAACUUUGCUCUUUCUCCAGCCGCUGAGGAGCCGGCCGAGGUUUGAGAGACAAUUUGGAAAACGGAAAACAGUGUGGAGAUUACAGAACGAGCAGGAGAAGAUCGCCGAAAUUGUCAACGAGAUCACGCGUCGCCGUUGA